GGGUGGGGCAGGCUGGGGGGUGUAAGAUAAUAACUCAAAGUCGGGUUUCUGCUGAUCACCUUCCCUCCUCCUCCCGUGACAUGAAUGCCCUCAGCCUUGGGGCACUGGUGGAAGUAUGCAAAGCUUGACCUUGGGGCACUGGUGGAAGUAUGCAAAGCUUGACCUUGGGCACUAAAAGCACGGUGGAGAGAAGACAUGCACGGCAGGAAAAAGGUGUCAUUUCAUUUUUCAUUGGUGGGAGAAGCGCAUCAGAAUGAUGUAAAGCAGAAACGGCUAAUAGCCAAUAAAAAGGCACUUGGAACCAGAGGUGGACACGCACUCCUCGGCUCGGAGGUGAGAAACGUGUGAAGGUCAGGGAUGAGGAAUGUGGAGUAAAAACAGUCGAUGGCAUGAAGAAAGAAAACCUUUUUCUGUGAAAAAAGGAAAAGAACGAGUGCCAGUAUAACCAGUUACCGUGCAUAAAUCAUCCCCCAGAUUCUGGGCUCCACCCACCAGCUCCAAGCUUCCAUUCUGGUGUUCUGUCUCCUUUACUCCACCAGGACGUUUGCCUGCAGCCGCACUUCUUGCUCACAUGAGAGUUUCCCACCCUGCAAAAACCCGCCUGGCCUUGCCAUCCGCAUUUUUGACGGGAUUUUGGAACUCAAUCUUAUUCGUUCUCUAUUUAACUCUCCAGGAUUCUCGGCGUGUUGAUUUGCGAGUCACGUUUGAAGGUUUUCUGCCCUGAAGGUUUCUUGGGGAAGAGACGGAUCGUCUGAGCAGCAGACAAGAGGGAGGGAAGAGCGCCACUGCCGUGAGAGGAGAGAAGAAAAAUAAAGAGAUAAAGGAGGCAAGUGUGAAGGGCGAGGAGAAGCGGAAAAGAAGGGGGCCACCUCGCCUGACAUCCCACCUGAGAGACACAUGCGGCGAGACCAGACGUCACACAUCCUCUGAGGUGACGCACACCGACAAAGGAGGCGCGCCGUGACCCAGGGUAGACCUUUCCCUCCAUCAUGCUGGAUUCAACCGGCUACCCAGAUUCUAACAACCUGCACCGGAAGAGCAACUUUGUCCCCGGCUAGAAAUGACCACCGGACCCAAUCUGAGCCUGUGACCGACCUCCAUCUCCUCCUUCCUCCUCCUCCACUCUUACUUUCACUUCAUCCACCUCCUCCUCACUAUGUUGAUACCCGCCGUGCUCGUAUGGAUCCUUAACGUCAGCGGCUGGUGCUCAGGACAAGACUACAUGGGCGACUACCCGACCAAGGACCUGGGAACCCAGGCGCCGGUGUUGCCAGACGACCAGACCAGUCUCCAGAGCGUGACGAGUGUGGAUCAGCUGCUGCAGCUUCUCUACCCGGGAUUCCACCUGCUUCAUCACUGCCUGAGGAAGAAGUCGUGGCCCGGCGCUUCCUCCUCGGCGAGGCCGGCCGUGCAUCCUCACCGUGACAACCAGUGGGUGCAGCUGAGGGAAGACGCCCUCUACAAGGUGGACGGCACUCUCGGAGUCAUCCUAGAAGAGAUCCAGCACACCUCGUGCCAGCCCAGAGAGGUGUGCGUCGAGGUCACCAAAGAGUACCCAGAGUCCACCAGUCAGUUCUACCUGCCCCGCUGCGUGGCGCUGCACCGCUGUGGGGGGUGCUGCACCAACGAAGCCUUUUACUGCGCAAACACCAGCCAGGCGCUGGUCAACAAGACGGUGAGUGCGAGCACGCCUGCGCCUGAAAUCACAUCCACGCUUACCGCCUUUCCACCCUGCCAGCUGAUGGAGCUGUCGCCGCCCAGGAUGGAGCGCUCCGUUGUCAUGGUAACCUUCGUCAACCACACGGCGUGCGAAUGCCUCCCCAAGCGGCCGCUGCACUCCAUCAUUCGACGAGCCGCGACAGAUCACCUGUGUUCCCCCCCCGCCGUCCCCUGUGUUUCAGGGUACUUGUGGGACCCGGUGAACUGCAUGUGUGUCUCUGCUGACGCCAUUAACUACUCUGUAAAAGACACGGAGGCUCUGGACUCGGGGCUGCUGGCUCUCUGCGGCCCAAACAGGGUUCUGAAGGAGUCCAGCUGCGAGUGCAUCUGUCGAAACGGGCUCACCGAGGCCAGCUGCGGUCCAGGCUGGAAACUGGACCACAACACAUGCGCAUGUCAGUGUGAAGGUCAAGGUGAGGGGAAGUGGUGCCCCCUCGGCCAGCGCUGGGACGAGGACCUGUGCGGCUGCGUGUGCGCCGCACAGUGUCCUGGGAAUCAACCCCUCAACCCGGACACCUGCCUGUGUCAGUGCAGGGAGAGUCCGCAGUCGUGUCUGCGGCAGGGCAAGAGGUUCAACCCCAACACCUGCAGCUGCUACAGGCUACCUUGCAGGACGCCCAGACGGGCGUGCCUGGCAGGCUUUUACUACAGCCACCAAGUCUGCCAGUGUAUCCCCAACUACAUGAAGCCUGAGUGGAAUUAGCCAAUUGCAGAGCAGGAGGAGUGGACGUCUGCGGAGCGCGAGAGAGAGAGCCCUGAAACCUUGGGAAACUUGUGGCUUGAUACAAGAACGAGACAAGGAGGUGGAGCAUCACAACAAACGAGCACUUACCGGAUUACGACACAACUGACGACGCUUCCAAAACAAUGUUUUGUCCCGUGGGCGGACGCGGUAAGAAGAGGAAACCAGAUACGCCACUUACUCAUGCGGCCUCUCGUCCAAUCGCGCCUCGCAGAAACGUCAGCAGGACCCUACGGACCAAUCGGCUUUCCCGGCCGGCACCGAUACCUGCUGUGACGUGCAGGAGCUAGCGCGCCCUCGAUGCUCUCCUUGAAAUGGAAAGUGGAAGAAGAUAAGGACAGAGCAGCCUGAAGAGGAAGUGAGCUCAAGGCAACGCCGAGCUGGGAGAUGCAAGCGUUUGGCCUCGCAGAGACGAACGAACAUGACGGCAGAGAAUCAUGAUUGUAGGAGCUGUCAUCCGUCUCGUUUAGAAUCACAUUAAAUGCUCAUCCACCCCAAACAUGUAGGAUACUUUCUGCUGUAGUACUCUUAACUUCAAUUGUAAGCAAUAUUACAUAUCAAUAUCACACUUCUCCAGAUGGAAAACAUUGCAAUUUUCACAAAUACUGGAUUUAAUCCUUAAACACGACUCACCUUUGAACAAUUCCCCCACGUUGAGUGGGGGACACUGCGAAAUGGAAGGGCUUCAGUCAGGGGUGUCCAAACUUCGGCCCACGGCAUGUUUUAAAAAUAUCAUUUAAGAAAAAAUCAGCAAGAAUAAAGUUAAAAAAUCAAGAGAAAAAAGUCAUCAGUUUUCAAGAAUAAUGUAAUAUUAUGAGGGAAAAUGUCAUUUCAGUAGCAGAGAGUUAAAAUAUUAAAGCGAAAGUUGUCACCACAAAUUAAGUGUCAAAAUAUUAUGGGAAUAAAUUCAUAAUUACAAGAAGAAACAGAUUUAUGUCAUUUUAUGAGAAUAAAGGCAAAGCAUUGCCCUGCCAUUGGCUGGCGACCAGUCCAGGGUGUACCCCGCCUGUCAGCUGGGAUAGGCCCCAGCAUACCCCCGCGACCCUAAUGAGGAGAAGCGGCAUAGAAAAUGGAUGGAUGGAUAAAGGCAAAACAUUAAGAGGAAAAAGUUGUAAGCUAAUGACAAAAAGUUGUUUUUCAAGAAUUAUGCAAUAUUAUGAGGAAAAAUUCAUAGUUAGAAAAAUAGAAUAGAAAGAAGAAUUUUUUUAAUUUAUUUAUUUAAUAAAAAAAAAAAAAAAGCUGUAAUACCAAGAGAAAAACAAAACCAUGAAUGAAAUUGUCAUUUUUUUUUUAUAAAUUAGGUUGUGGAAAAAGUUAAUAAAGUCAAAAUAUUACAGGAAUAAAUUCAUAAUUACAAGAAAAACGUAAUUUAAUGAGCAUAAAGUCAAAAUAAUAACAGAAAAAAGUUGUAAUCGAGGGAGAAAAAGUCAGCAUUUUUCAAGAAUAAUGUAAUAUUAGGAAAAAUGACAUUUCAAUUGAGGAAAGUUGAAAUAUUAAAUAAUUUUUUAAAGCUAUAAUAUGAAAAAAACAAACACGAACAAAGUUGUCAUUUUUAGAAAAUUGUAAUGUUGUGAGAAUAAAGUCAAAAUAUUAUGGGAAUAAAUUCAUGAUUACAAGAAAAGAAUUACAAGAAGAAAGUUGAAAUACUUGGAAAAUUCAAAAAACAACAGUAGCAGAAAAUGAAAAAAAAACAUGAUUUUAUUAGAAUACAGUGUUCCUUCACUUAUUGUGGGGAUUAGGUUCCCACACUAGCCUGCAAUAAGUGACAUCCGCAAAGCAGCCAACCUUGUUCCCAAUGAUUCCAUAUGUUUUAAGACUGUAAAAGCCCUCACCAUACACUCUCAAAGUUCACAUUUCGUUUGAAUUUUAAUUACCAGCCUACAAGAAAUGAUUAAGUACAUCGUAUCGUAUUUAACGUUUUUGUAUCUUUGUUAAAAUAUAUUGCUCCUACCGUCGUAUUUUCCUCCUGCUAGUACCAAAGAUUCAUUCAGCCAGUUAGCUUCUUUUUCUGUGGUUUAUUGGCGGUUAGCAGGCAGCUCACACAGUUUGCUAACCACCAUUGACCACAACAGGAAAAGGCAAGAGGAUGGAUUGACAAUGGUCAACAUCCAAUCAUGACACAGAACAAAAUGGACGGGUUCUCCCUUAGCCUAUAAAAACUGCUGUGGCCACAGACGCGCGUUUGUCCGCUGCUGCGAUACCUCAACAUCGCCACCGUAUUGGAUGUGUCAAGCUGCGCUGUAAAUGAAUACGAGUAAAUGUACUUUACACUUGUGUCUGAAUGUAUAAACGAGAGUAAUGAACUUAAAUGUCUUUGUGGAAAGGCGCUUUAUGAAAGUACAUUUACUUGUAUUGAUAUACAGCCUUAACACAUCCAAUAUGGCGGCGACGUGGACGUGCGGCUCAGCGUGUGACAUCGGCGUCUAUGUCAAUGAUUGUGGCUUUAUAUACUGCUCAAAAAAAAUUAGAGGAACACUUCAAAAACACAUCAGAUCUAAACUGGGGGAAAAAUUAUGUUGAAUAUCUUUCCUGAUAAUAAGUGGGUGAUGUAUUAGUAACAAAAUGAUGCCACAUCAUUUGAUAGAAAUGAAAAUGAUCACCCUAUAGAGGGGGAAAUCAAAGACACCCCAAAAAUGAAAGUGAAAAAAUGAUGCAGCACACUGGUCCAUUUAGCUAAAAUGUCAUUGUAGCAACUCAAAAUGAUUCUCAGUAGUUUGUGUGGCCCCCACGUGCUUGUAUGCAUGCCUGACAACGUCGGGGCAUGCUCCUAAUGAGACUACGGAUUGUGUCCUGGGGGAUCUCCUCUCAGAUCUGGACCAGGGCAUCAAUGAGCUCCUGGACAGUCUGAGGAGCAACCUGGCGGCGCCGGAUGGACCUAAACAUAAUGUCCCAGAGGUGUUCUAUUGGGUUUAGGUUAGGUGAACGUGGGGGCCAGUCAAUGGUAUCAAUUCCUUCAUCCUCCAGGAACUACCUGCAUACACUAGCCACAUGAGGUCGGGCAUUGUCGUGGACCAGGAGGAACCCAGGUCCCACUGCACCAGCGUAGGUUCUGACAAUGGGUCCAAGGAUUUCAUCCCAAUACCUAAUAGCAGUCAGGGUGCCGUUAUCUAACCUGUAGAGGUCUGUGCGUCCUUCCAGGGAUAUGCCUCCCCAGACCAUCACUGACCCACCACCAAACCGGUCAUGCUGAAUGAUGUUGCAGGCAGCAUAACGUUCUCCACGGCAUCUCCAGACCCUUUCACGUCUGUCGCAUGUGCUCAGGUUGAACUUGCUCUCAUCAGGGAAGAGCACAGGGCACCAGUGGUGUAGUUGCCAAUUCUGGUGGUCUAUGGCAAAUGCCAAUGGAGCUCUACGGUGCUGGGCAGUGAGCACAGGGCCCACUACAGGACGUCGGGCCCUCAGGCCACCCUCAUGGAGCCUGUUUCUGAUUGUUUGGUCAGAAACACGCCUUCAACAUAAGUAUACAACACCCUCUACUGGUCGCAGUAGUAAAUACAAUAACGCACUCAGAGUACCCAUAGAUCGCUCAAAUGCAUAGACGAACAACACAAUGCGCGUUUAUACCGUUUUAAUAAAAAUAUACAAAAUUGCACUUAAAAAACCCCAGUGAAACAGCGAAUUGGCAAGGGAACACUGUACAUACUGUAUGACGUACCUUCUUAGCAUGCAUACCUACCUGGGCUGGCUUAUCACAUGUGCACGCUUUCAUUUUUCAUUGUGUGGCCCUCAGUGAAGAAAGUCUGGACACCCCUGGCUUGAUGAAGUCCACCACCAGACCGUCAUUAUGCUCUUUAUACUCUUCAUCAAUAUUGAAGUCAUAUUACUUUCUGAAGUACCUUUUUUAAAAGCUUCAAUGAAAUGAUCUGCUGCUGCUUUAUAAUUAAAUCAUAAGCACUACCCCACCCCCGUUUAAUGUGUGUGCUGCCAUGCAGAGACAUGCAGUGACUGUCAUGAAAGAAAUGAAUAGAAAAUAAAGAGACAAGAAAUACACUGUACGCUAGUGGCAACAGAAAGCCCGAGAGCUUCAAUAAAAUGUGAAAUAAGUUUUAAUUUCUCUCCAAGAACAAAUAUAAACCAAGUUUCAACAGCCCCUUAUUUUAGCAAUUGAAACUCUCCUAAUAUUUACAAUAUAGAAAAUGAAAUAAAUAUCACCCGCUUCCUGCAGACAGAUCAAACUGUGGUACUCUGCGGCUGCAAUGUAUCUUUGCACCAAGAGAGACAUGUGUCCAUCUUGGAC